AUGCAAUUUACUCUGCUGUUCCUACUGCUUCGAUUCGCAGCCACUUGGGCUAGCUGUGCUCCGGAUGAGUUCGCCUGUAGUACAGGCGGACAGUGCAUUCCUCGUAUCAAAUGGCAGGACGACGUUGAGGAUUGCUGGGAUGGCAGCGACGAACGUGAGUUCUUCCUUCUUUUCAUUGUUCUACGCGCUAUUGCAGUACGAUUCUUGUUGAUCCGCUUGUCUCUGUCAGUCAAUCCUUUUCUUGUGGUCCCUCCUCUGAGUUCGGUGAUUUGUAGUGUGCGUGUGCAGUCAACUCAUUCUUCUCUACUGUACUGUGCCGUCUCUAGUUCGCUCCUUGAAGGUCGCCUACCCGCAAUUACCCCUUUCUGGCACACAUGCAUGCCUCCCAACGAGAGAAGACGGCCAACCCGAACCGUCGACCUCGAGAGGAGGACCGAGCAAUGA